AUGAGAGAUAUAAUUGGUCAGCAUGAAAUGGAGAAAACAUCAAAAUUAUUGAAAGACUGUCUUUGUUAUUCUGUACAAAUUGACGGCAGUUCUGAUUGCCAGCAAGUUGAUUCUAAGUUCAUAACAGCAAGGUAUGUGCCUCCAGAAGAGGUAAAUGUCAAUACUCUUUUUCUUGGGAUUUUGUCCAGUGAUUUGGGGGGAGCACCUGGGCUGCUUGAUGCCUUUGUGUCUUGUUUAAAUGGUGUUAAGGUCGAGACAACAAAGCUGGUAGGCGUAACAACUGAUGGGGAGAAUGCCAACACAGGAAAGAAAGGUGGUUUGUGGAAACUGUUAAGAGAACAUACUGGAAGAGAUAUCCUGACUGCAUGGUGUGUUUGCCAUCGCUCAGAUUUAGCUUUUGAGUCUGUACAAUCUCAGGUUUCAGAGCUGUCCAUUUGGAUGUCUAAUGUUCUUGCAGUGUCAACAUUCUUCAGAGCAUCACCAUGGCAAACCAAGUUGCUACACCAGGUAUGAGUGAUUUGUUUAUAUAUCAAUACAAUUAUUUUAGACAAUUUGCAGAAUGUUAAAUGCAGUUAGAAAAGAGAAGAAUGCAUUUUACUUUAAAUGCUAUGAGCAUAACAUACUUCAAUGUUGGUAACUACAUAUAAACCACUUGUUUUACAUUUUAUUUGUAAGCAGUUAACCCAGUAUGUAUAACUUUUACAGGAAGACGGCAACUGUUUAACAUCCCCAAAACACUUUGAUGUGAGAUUUGCUGAACACACGUUAAACAUUUUAAAGGCUGUGCUAAAUAAUCUUGAAGCUGCCAGAAACCUAUGGUCAAAAAUAACCAAUGGGACUAUUGAAUCAGACAAAACAGAAAAAGCAACAACACAAGGUUUUCUAAGAAAAUGGAAGAAAGGCACACAGCAGGUAAUUAAAUGUAAUUUGUCAUAA